AGGCGCUCUGCCCUGAGUCAGCUACUUCUUCCCUCCGCGCCACCCGCGCGAUGGGCUCAGAGGUCGCGCAGCUCUUGGAGGCUGCAGACUUCGCGGCUCGAAAGCAUCGACAGCAGAGACGAAAGGAUCCGGAAGGGACCCCCUACAUCAACCACCCCAUCGGUGUGGCUCGGAUCCUGACCCACGAGGCAGGAAUCACUGACAUUGUGGUGUUACAGGCGGCUCUGCUCCACGACACCGUGGAAGACACAGACACCACCCUGGAUGAGGUGGAGCUGCACUUUGGAACCCAGGUACGGCGAUUGGUGGAGGAGGUGACAGAUGACAAAAGUCUGCCCAAGAUGGAGAGGAAGCAGCAGCAGGUGGAGCAGGCGCCACACAGCAGCCCAGGUGCCAAGCUGGUGAAACUGGCAGACAAGCUGUAUAAUCUGAGGGACCUGAACCGCUGCACCCCGGCGGGAUGGUCAGAACAUCGUGUCCAGGAGUACUUUGAGUGGGCAGCACAGGUGGUGAAGGGGCUUCAAGGAACCAACCAGCAGCUGGAAGAGGCUCUAAAGCAGCUGUUUAAGGAGCGAGGGCUGACAGUCUGAGUGGUGCCUGGAGCCACCUGGAGACUUGGACUCCGAUCUCACCCAGACCCCCACCCCGUUCAUGCUCCAGUUCUUUGGCGCCUCCUGACUGCCCUCCCUGACUCCUUUACUCAGAUGCCAAAGGUUGAAAUGAAGCCAUAUGCAUUUUCUCUGAAGAGAACCGACUGAGCUGAGCCCUGGAUGUGGGGCUCAGAUGUAUCCCAUCCAUUUUCUUGUUCUUUCUGUUUGCUAUUUUGCAUGGUGGGCUCUCUAUCCCCUCAGGGAUUUGCCUUGUAUAAACACUGGUUUGUGAGUCAUUAUGGAAAAUAAAGCAUUUUGAGUAAAAGG